AUGACCUCCAAACCGGGAAGGUCCUACUCCGUGAGGUCCCCAAGGGUGGGAGGGCCGCUAUCGCAGUCACUAGCGAUGAUACCGCCGACAAUGCACGGUCAUGAUUUCAAUCAACCGUUGUCAAGAGUGGUGAUGGUCCGGAAGACUGACCAGAGGACCUUUAGCAAAGGUCGCAGAGGUGGCGAGCCUCUUCUCGAGACUGUAACACGUGAGACUGUUGAGUUAUUCAACGGUGGACGAGCUGAAAGAAAAUAUACCUCUGAAACUAGGGAUAUUGUUACACCCAAGUCUAGUAGGUCCCCAAGGGUGGGAGGGCCGCUAUCGCAGUCACUAGCGAUGAUACCGCCGACAAUGCACGGUCAUGAUUUCAAUCAACCGUUGUCAAGAGUGGUGAUGGUCCGGAAGACUGACCAGAGGACCUUUAGCAAAGGUCGCAGAGGUGGCGAGCCUCUUCUCGAGACUGUAACACGUGAGACUGUUGAGUUAUUCAACGGUGGACGAGCUGAAAGAAAAUAUACCUCUGAAACUAGGGAUAUUGUUACACCCAAGUCUAGUAGAUCACGGGCUGACUCAGUGAGAUCCAAGUCACCAUUGACAGCAUCUCCAGCUUCUCCAGGUCCACUAUCUAGUUCACUGCACGGUAGUUUUCACGGGAGUCUUGGCAGUGAUGGAAUGUCAUGCAGUAGUGCUAGGUCAUCAUCGGCAUCUCCAGACUCUGCUCGUUACUCUUCAACGCCGAUAACAAAGACUGACACGCGUAAACCGUCUGUGCGUAGAUUUGGACCUGACAAGGAAUUCAUCAAUCUUUGUUUGGAGACUCACAAUUAUCAUCGUAACCGCCAUGGCGUUCCUGCAUUGCGACUCAAUAAACAGCUUUGCAAAACAAGUCAAGAUUGGGCAAAUAUUUUAGCUACAAAAGGAAGAUUAGAACAUCGUGCAAAUAUUGAAUAUGGCGAGAAUCUUUACUGUAUGUGGAGUUCAAAUCCUAAAACAAUUGUCAACGGUGAUGAGCCUGUUAAUGAUUGGUAUGCCGAAGAAAGUCAACACCAGUACAACAGAGAACCAACGACCCUUAAGACUGGUCAUUUCACCCAAAUAGUCUGGCGCAGCAGCACCGAGCUGGGCGUAGGAAUGGCCCGCAAUCGCAAUGGGGAAGUUUAUGUCGUGUGUAAUUACAACCCAGCUGGUAAUUUUCUGGGCAGCUUUAUGGAAAACGUACUCCCGCCGGUCGAAAGUACUUCCUCACCGUCCCGCUUCACAGCUAGACUUAAAAUCAGCUUCAAAACGCUCGAUCAACAAGCUUGGCAGAAAGAAGCUCUUGCAGCAUGGGCCAACAAGUUAUUGAACUCAAGUAAAUUAAUACCGCAAUCAUCAUCACCGUAUGGCGAAAAUAUAUAUUCCGUUCAAUGUUCCGAUCCUAAUAAUAUCGUCUCAGCACGUGAAGUUGUUGCUAAAUGGUAUUCCGAACGUAAAGAACAUAAAUUUGGUUUUGAGCCGAAAAUUUUAAAUACAUGUCAUUUUACACAAAUAGUUUGGAAGAGCACGCAAGAAAUGGGAAUUGCAAUGGCUAAAAAAGACGGUAAUUGCAUUAUCGUGGCUUGCUAUUACCCCCGAGGAAACAUCGUAGGACAGUUUACUGAAAAUGUUCUUAAGCCUAUUAAAAGUAUUUGA